AUGAAAACCCUUGGCGUUUUGAUUGCUUUUGUCGCUCUUGUAGCUGUUGAGGCUUGUGCUCCAGAAACAACUACAACAAUGACCCGCCGUCGCCGCAGUACAAACGAAGAUGCCGAAAUCGUCCUUCGAACCAAACUUAAAUAUUCUGAAGAGAAAAAAGACGACUAUUUAGAGCACUUGGAAGAAUUAAUGAAAGCGGCAACAAAUGGGGAAGUUGAAGAAAUCGAGGAAAUCAAGUCAACCUAUUCGGCGUUAAAUGUGAACGGAGAUUUUGGUGCAAAGAUUCAACUCCAUGACAUCGAACAGGAUGAGUGUGGGAAAGUGAUCAACGAUGUGAAGUCGAUUGUCGAGAGUCUUCCUGAGGUGGUCUCCACUCAAGUACGCUGUCAUGGCUCAACGAGCAACUUC